AUGUUCGACAAGACCAUAACCUCUACUGCAACAUGUCUUUGCCAGACCGGAGACGAGUUACAUAUUAUUUUGACCCGGAAGUGGGAGGAUAUACUUAUGAUGCACCUCAGAAAGGGGAGGGCAGACACUGCAUGAAACCACACCGCAUAUUCAUAACGCAUCACUUGGUUCGCGCAUACAACAUGCUUGACAAGAUGCAUGUCUUGCGCGCCAAACGCGCUACCCCAGAAGACAUGACUCGGUUCCACACGGACGAAUACGUGAAUUUCUUGCAACGCGUUACACCGGAGACCGCUGAGGAUCUAACUUAUAAGUAUACCAGAUUCCUGAGCGCGGACGGCGAUAACCCCGCUUUCGAGGGCUUAUUCGAGUUCUGCUCGAUAUCCGCCGGAGGCUCAUUAGCGGCUGCACGCGCAAUCUCUUCCAGCGCCGCCGACAUCGCCAUCAACUGGGCGGGUGGUCUGCACCACGCAAAGAAACGCGAGGCGUCCGGCUUCUGCUACAUCAACGACAUCAACCUCGCCAUCCUCGAGCUCCUCCGCACAUACCCCCGCGUCCUCUACAUCGACAUCGACUGUCAUCACGGCGACGGCGUCGAAGAGGCAUUCUAUACCACCGACCGGGUCAUGACAUGCAGCUUUCACAAGUUUGGCGACUUCUUCCCGGGUACGGGAGAUUACAGGGACACGGGGUUUGGCAAGGGUAAAGGCUAUUCCGUUAACGUGCCCCUGCGUGAGGGUAUCACGGAUGAAGCGUACAAGAGUCUCUUUGAGCCUAUCAUCAGCAAAAUACUCGAAGUCUUCCUACCCUCCGCAGUGGUACUCCAAUGUGGCGCAGAUUCCCUGGCCGGCGACAAGCUCGGCGAGCUCAACCUGAGCAUGCAUGGGCACGCCGCGUGCGUGCAGUUCCUCCGUAAGCAGAAUGUCCCGCUGAUGCUCCUUGGCGGCGGCGGAUACACCGCGAAGAACGUCGCCCGGACGUGGUGCUACGAGACCGCCUGCGCGCUCGGCAUCGAGGACACCAUCGACCCCAUGUUGCCGUACAACGCGUACUUCGAGUGGUUCGGCCCGCGGUACCGGCUCGAGGUCCCGGGGACCAACCGGGAGGAUUAUAAUCUGAGGGACGGAUAUGUUCACGAGAUAAGACAGAUUGUGCUGCAACAGUUGUCCCAAUUACAGCCUGCGCCUUCGGUCGGCAUACACGACGUCCCCAGCGAGAGUGUGGGGGAUCACCUAGGCUGGCGGAUGGCAGAAAGCGAACCACGGGACGAACUAGACAAGGACUUGGCCCAACAUGCACGGCUUAUCUACAAGAUCCAAGAGGCCGAAGCCUACUCGGACGAGACGGACGACACCGAUUCGGACUCACUGAGCCGGCGCAUGCCCCGGCGCGCCCCCAGGAAGCGCAUGAGCAUCGUCACGAACAAGGUGCUGGACACCCCGCAGUUGCACGAGUUCGAGCGCGAGCAUGAGGCCUACUGCGGGCACGUCGGAAAGCACACGAGGAGACGAUUCUUUGAGUGGGACAAUAGUUGGCGGGGGCCCGACAGCGUCGUCGAAGUGUAUACUUUGCCUGGACUUGGUGUUCCCGGAGUCAGUGUAGGGGAGUCGAUGGCCGGCGGCAGGAGGGGCUAUGACCUGGAUGUCGAUGAUGGUAUGAUCUUGAUGGAUUGACAGAGAUUAUUCUACUGGAUUUUUAGUUCCGUGUAUUAUUAUAUUGUAUUAUCUAUUCGUUUGAUCCUGGUGCUCCUUGGUUUUCUCUGCAGUUCUCAUUAGCC